AUGACUAGUGGUGACAACUGGCUGAAGAAGAUGUGCGGUGAAGUGGUGACUGUGGGCUGGUGGUGGGGUUGGGUGGGUGGAGGACUGUCGGUGGUGGCGGGUGGCGAUGGUGGGUGGGUGGGUGAUGGUGGCGGGUGUAGCGAGUGGGUGUGGUUGGUGUAUGGUGGCGUGGUGGAAUGUGGUUGCAAGGUGGGUGCAGGUGGCGGGUGUGCGGUGCUGGUGGCUGAUGGUGGUGGUUGGCUGGUGGUGGGUGGUGGAUAUGGUGAAGUAGGUGGUGGUGAGUGGUGGUGGGGGGUAGUGGCGGUGCUGGUGACAGGCGGUGGAUGGUAUAGGGCGGAUGGUGGUGGUAGCGGGUUGGAUGGCUAA